AUGAGGGAACUAGGUAAUGAAGGUGAAAUGGAAGAAUCCUUCGGCAGCAAAACAGGUUUCCCAGUACCAGUCAGUGUAGAUGUUCAGGUUGAAAGUACUGACAGCAUUUCAGAGGUUAACAUGAUAAAUUUUUUCAUGAGACUUUAUCUCAGGCAUUACUGGAAAGAGGAGAGGCUCUCCUUUCCUAGCACAACAAAGAAAAGGUUGAUCAAAAAGAUUCAGGUGACUGAUAUCUUUUUUGUCCAUUCUAAAAGAUCCUUCAUCCAUGAUACUACUGUGGAGAACGGCAUGCUGCAAGUACACCCUGAUGGAAGCACCCUCUUCAGUCUCAGGUAAGGAGUUUUGGUCAUGUGCUUUAUGGAUUUCAGCAGGUUUCCUCUGGACACUCAAAAUUGUCCCCUCAAACUAGAAAGCUAUGCCUACAAUGAGGAGGACCUGAUGCUAUUCUGGAAACCUGACAAGUCCCUGAACACUGAUGAGCAUAUUACCCUUUCUCAGUCCUUUACUGAGGAGUUCAGUGCAUCCAGUGGAUUUGUUUUCUAUAGCACCUAAGGUCGAUACAUUAGGCUUUUCAACAACUUUGUGCUAAGAAGGCAUAUUUUCUUUUUUGUGCUGCAAACCUAUUUCCCAGCUACAUUGAUGGUGAUGCCUUUGCCGGUCUCAUUUUGGAUUGACAGAAGAGCUGAAUUUCCCCAGGUGAACAUAGGAAUCACCGGGGUGCUGACCAUGUCUGCCAUCAUCACAGGCAUCAGUGCCUCCAUGCCCCAGGUGUCCUACAUGGGCCGGGUGGAUGCAUACUUGUGGGCCAGCUCCCUCUUUGUGAUCCUGUGAGUCACUGGGUAUGCAGCUGUGAACAAGAAGACAGGGAAGAUUUCUGGAAUGGGUAAUAUUGAUGCAGUUGAAGCCAUGGCCUUCAGUGGCUGUUACCAUGGCGUGAACCAGAGAUCCUUUUCUCUACAUUCAGAAGAGGACUCCAUGAGAGGUGGAUCCACAGGCAGCCCCAGCACAGAUUCCUCUCAAUUAAAGAGAAGAAAAUUCCUAGGAGGACACAUUGGUAGAAUCAUUCUGGAAAGCAAUCAUGUUGUUGAACCUAUUCUAAGACUUGAUUUCCCAUGUUGUAAAUCUUCUGUAAUUAAUAAAGCUGUACUGUUACAAUAA